GCAUAGUCUUCUGCUCGGCAGCGCCGAGAUCUUCUGCUCCUUCCCCACUCCCAGGCUCGGCUGCGGCGUCGGCGGCUCCCCCUCCCGCCUCUCGCCACUCGCCUCCGUCCUCCGCGCACCUGCCGGCGACCCUGUGUACGCACCUCCCUCUUCCCUCCCGCCUCUGCUGUACCGUGGGAGCCCGGCCUGCUGCCCAGUGUGGCCGGGCCUUGGCUCCGCCGGUGCUUGGUGGCGCCCAGAAUUAGCGUGGAAGCAGGGUGGAGUGCUGUCUGGGCAGAAAUCUGCUCACCGGGUGCCAGGAAACAGGCGGUUGGAGAUAAUUGUUUGGGGGAUUCGUCAAGAAAAGACCCAGUAGGUGGUUGCGCACUUGUUAUGCUGAGACUGAAUGGAGGCUGUAGACAAGAUUGCUGAGCCCAAAGACCCUUUCGUGCUCACUUCUCAGAAGGUUCAGAGCUUAGAGCCACCGAUACCGAUAAAGGCGUCAUGGAAAGGGAAGUACUCCCAGGAGCAAGAAGAGAAGGAUCUGCCAGCUGAUGGCGAAGAGAGCUUCCGGAGCCUGGAUUCCUCUGAUGAAGGUGGCCGGAGCUCCUUCUCUGGAGCUAGUCACCCUCCAGAGCCAAUUGAUAUGGAUAUCAUGAAGACGGUCUAUGUCGCAAUCGACGAGGAGAAGUCUGAGCCACCGGUUUGUUUAGUGCGAGGAGUCUCGGUGAAGGGGCCUUUCAUAGAUGACCUCUCGAUCCGUGUUGCAGGCACAAAGGCAAAUCUGUUGGUAGGCGCAGGCGGUGCUGAAGGCAUGGCUGAAGAGAGGAAGGUAUCUGCUUCUGCAGUGGCAUCAGUCGCCACAGCACGCUCAUCUCAGGCUACCUCUUUGCCUCAGGACUCAGAGGAGAAGGAGUGCGUCUGGGACGCUUCACUCCCUCCCAGUGGCAAUGUUAGCCCUCACAGUAGCAUUGACAGCAUGGGUGUGGUCACUGCCAUGAGCACCCUCCACAGCUGUGCGAGCACAUAUAAAAGUGAAGCCAUAGCUGGUGAAGCAAUGCUCAAUGUGGAGAGGAACUGUGAGAGUGUAAAGGGUGUUCGAGGUGACUUACUAGAAAGUGCAAAAACUAGCAUGAGUCGAGCAAGUGAUAGCAGUGGUGUUAGCGAUGACAGCAGCUGGAGCCACAUCACUGGAGGUGCCAGCAAGCCUCACAAGGGGAAUGAUCCUAGAUGGAAGGCAAUUCAUGCUGUACGGACUCGUGAUAGUGUUCUUGGAAUGAGCCAUUUUAGACUACUAAAGCGUCUUGGUUGUGGUGACAUUGGCAGUGUUUACCUCUCAGAAUUAAGUGGAACUCGGUGCUACUUUGCAAUGAAGGUAAUGGACAAGGCAUCCUUGGCAAGUAGGAAGAAGUUAAAUAGGGCUCAAACUGAAAGGGAGAUUCUACAGCUUCUCGACCACCCAUUCCUCCCAACGUUGUAUACACAUUUUGAAACCGACAGGUUCUCUUGUUUGGUGAUGGAAUUCUGUCCGGGUGGUGAUCUGCAUACUUUGCGACAGAGACAACCUGGAAAGCAUUUCUCUGAGUAUGCUGCAAGGUUUUAUGCCGCUGAAGUACUUCUAGCUCUGGAGUAUCUACACAUGUUGGGAGUCGUCUACAGAGAUCUGAAACCAGAAAAUGUUCUUGUGCGCGAUGAUGGGCACAUAAUGCUUUCAGAUUUUGACCUCUCGCUGAGAUGUGCAGUCUCACCUACACUCAUCAGAACAUCAGCUUUUGAUUCUGAUCCCAGAAGAGCAGGUGGUUCUUUCUGUGUACAGCCUGCUUGCAUGGAACCUACUUCAGCUUGUAUUCAGCCUGCGUGCUUCCUGCCCAAAUUCUUCGGUCAGAAGAGCAAGAAGAAGACUAGAAAGGCAAGGUCUGAGCUGGGACAGAAUGCUGGCACCCUGCCUGAGCUUGUUGCCGAGCCAACAUCAGCCCGAUCGAUGUCAUUCGUCGGGACUCAUGAAUACUUAGCCCCUGAAAUCAUCAAGGGUGAAGGGCAUGGAAGCGCCGUCGACUGGUGGACCUUCGGCAUCUUCCUCCACGAGCUGCUGUACGGCAAAACCCCAUUCAAGGGGUCAGGGAACCGCGCCACUCUGUUCAACGUGGUCGGUCAGCAACUGAAAUUUCCAGAGUCGCCGUCCACGAGCUACUCAAGCAGAGAUCUCAUCAGGGGGCUCCUGGUCAAGGAACCGCAGAGCCGCCUCGGCGUGAAGCGGGGAGCGACGGAGAUCAAGCAGCACCCCUUCUUUGAGGGCGUGAACUGGGCUCUCAUCCGGUGCAGCACCCCUCCCGAGGUCCCCAGGCCCGUCGAGGCCGAGCUGCCUGUGAAGUACGGCGUGGCGGAGGCGAUCGGGAGCAACAGCAAGAGGAUAGCCGGAGCAGACGUGAAGUCCGGCGGGAAAUACCUCGACUUCGAGUUCUUUUAGAGUAUAUAGUGCCCAGUGGCAGCCUAUUGUUUGCAUACUGUCCGUGUAUGUGGCCAGUUUGAUGUUGUGUGAUUCGAUGUGGUGCUUUGGUGUCUCACCGUCGAUGCAAAAUUCUCAGAUCUGAAUCGACCAAAAAUUAGAUAGAUCUGUCAUCUGUUUGCCACUUGCCUGCUUUGGCGCAUUUCGAGUUGUAGCAGACCUGAAAGCAGUGAGUGUGGCAAAAAAAUUCUCAUGAUCAAACA